AUUCUGUCGGAUCUCGGACGUGUUUCCAAAACCACAGCAAAGCGAUGUAAAUACAUCAACCGCAAGACAACCGCGUACUGUCCAGCUACUGUUUGGAAGAAAUCAGAGGGUUUCCUACUGGACUAGUAUGCUUUGAGCCUGUAGCCAUUUCGCUGAACGCAGCUCGGAGGAACACCUGGGUGGCAGACGGAGAGCCAGCGACUCGUGUCUGGGGUUGGAAGUGGACCCCAGGUCUCGGAUUCGGAAGUUCUCGUCACUCAGUUGGGUGAGUCUUGACCUGCCUCCCCCCAUCCCUCACCCCUGGCCCUGGUUUCCCCCAACCCCCCGCCCCCCCACCUCUCUAACAUGGCCUCCAAACCGCACCCCCCCCUCAUGAAGAAGCACAGCCAGACGGACCUGAUCAGCCGUCUGAAGACCCGCAAGAUCCUGGGCGUCGGCGGCGAGGAUGACGAUGGCGAGGUGCACAGGUCAAAGAUCAGCCAGAUGCUGGGAAAUGAGAUCAAAUUUGCUGUGAGGGAACCCGUGGGCCUCAGGGUCUGGAUCCUGGUGUCGGCGAUCCUCUUCACCAGCAUGGCGGUAAUGGCGUUGGUGUUUCCUAACCAGCUGUACGAGGUGGUGUUUGACAAGGAGCUGUCGGUUACGAGCAUCUCCAUCCGGCUGUACGGGGGGGCGCUGCUGAGUAUCUCCUUAAUCAUGUGGAACGGGCUGUACACGGCAGAGAAGAUCGUUAUACAGUGGACGUUGCUGACAGAGGCCUGCUAUUUUGCUGUGCAGUUUUUGGUGACGUCCUUCACCCUGGUGGAGAUCGGCUCGGUGUCCAACGCUGCCAUCCUCCUCCUCCUCAGCAGAGUGCUCUUCCUCGUCGUCAGCCUCUCGUACUAUUACCACCUCGGACGGAGGCCCAAGAAGAUCUGAGGGGUUCUGGAGGCGUCCAGGGCGGGGUGGGGCGGGACCAGGAAGUGGCGGCGUCUGGAUGUUGGGGUCACAUUGUACAAAAAGUGUGGGUACACCAUUGUCUAAAAUUCCCAAGCCCCACCCACCGCUCCCUCUAUCCUAUCUGGACCAAACAUGACCAAAACCACACCCCUUUUGUUUUACACUGCAGAAUCUCUCUCAUAGGGCACAUACAGAUCCAAAAAGAACCCCCCCCCCCCCACCCCAUGUUUUAGUAGAUUAAGUGAAUGGUCUUGUUGAUUGACAGGCUUGCCCCCCAUGCCCCCCCCCCCAUUUUUGUAUAGGAAGCAGCCAAAACAUUGGGGUUCACACAUGGCUGUGAAAGCAGUAUUAGAAAGGGGGCGGUGCAUUUCAGACAAUGGGGUGCCCAUCUUGCUGUCUCGGCUCCUCCCCCAAGUCAUGUGACUCGUUGUGUAUGUUCAGUGUAAAGGGCACGUAGGCUGGACUCGGGCAGUGUGCGUUCCGCGUGCAGGACUCUGUGUGUUUUGAGCUCAUUCAGUACCGAGCGUGUGCUUGUGUGCAGCAGUAAAGUAGAGUCGGCGUUUGUUGUGCUCGGUUGCCUAGGAGAUGACCUUCAGCUUCCUGUUCCGCGACCUCAGGACCUCCCUCGCUGGUGUAGCGCUUUCAGUUUAACUAGGGAAAGAAGACUCUCAGCUCUCUUCAAGAGUUAAGUUCACAGAGAGUUCAGAUAAAAACAGUCUCAAGCGAAGCUCUAUUCAGUAAUUAAUUAUAACUGUGAAAGAGUUGGGAUUUAGGGGUUUGCUUCUAUUAUUAGUGUUAAACAGGACCCCCCCCCCCCCCCCCC